UUAAGGUUCGGAUUUCUACGCCUUCCGUCAUUCUCCAUAGAGUUCUCAACAGGGACGUCCCCACUGAACCCAUUUCUAAGGCGACAGGCGCAACAUGAUGAUUCACAAUUGACUGGAAUGGCUCAUCAGGUUCAUGAGAUGUUUCCUCAGAUGCCUAUAGAAGCUAUAAUGGAAGAUUUACGCAUCAGUGGGUCAUCGCAGGCUACAAUUGAGAAUAUAUUGGAGGGUCGAAUCGGUUUUGUAGCUGGUAUCAUGGGUAGCGAUGAUGGAAUGCGUCCAUGGAGAAUAAAUGGUGAGCCAGGAGAAAAUGAAGACUUGUUGUUUGACGAUGACGAUGACAGUAGCGGUGAUGAUGUCGUGUCGUCGUCCGAUUCCGCCUUGACAGUUUCACCUCCUCAACCCUCUGCUUCGGCAGUGUCUAUGGUCAAUCAACAGAUGGAUAUGGACAUCACACCGUAUCAGGUAGCGAAGAGGGAGAUGAUAGCCAAACACAGAAGGAUGUACAUAGAGUCGGAAAAGGGACGCGAUCUUCGUGAGAAGGGUUUCUAG